UUGGUGCUGGAUGGACAGACAGACGGACGACGGCAGUGCAGAACGCACCUCCCGAGCGGUGACGGAGGACGAGGCCCAAAACCUCCCCGGAGCCCCGCCGCCUCCUGGGGGCUGCCCCGGAGGGCUUCUCGGAGGCGGCGGCCUCGGCUUUGGUCCUGCUGGGGCGCCAGGUAGGGGCGGGGCCCCGUCUCCGCAAGUGGCGAGGGGGUGAGGGAGCUGCUGCAGCAGCAGCGGCAGCAGCGGCCGUCGGGACGCCCUGGGAGGCGGCGAGCUCUGAGAGCUGGCGGCCGGCCCUCGGGGCUACCCCCUUCCUGGGCGCCCCAGAAAGGCAGCCGGGUUUCCCAGUGUGUGUCCACUGACUGCGGUUCGCCACCGAUCCGGGGGCCGGCAAGAGCGCAUCCCGUCGCCCAGCCGCCUGCUUCUCCCUGCCUCUGCCAUGGCAGCCAUUCUCCUAACGACCAGAGCCAAGGUGCCAGUAUCUUUUGAGGACGUGUCCGUGCACUUCAGCAAGACAGAAUGGAAGCUUCUGGAUCUCAAACAAAGGAUCCUCUACAAGCAAGUGAUGCUGGAGAACUACCGCCAUUUAGUGUCACUGGGAUUUUCAUCCUCCAAGCCUCACCUGGUCUCCCUGCUGGAGCGAGGGGAAUGGCCCUGGGUAACAGACAGCCGGACAAGGGCUGCCGUAGGAACACAGGCAGAUGAAAGGAUCAAGAGCAAGGCAUUGAGUUCCAAGAAGAAACAUUGUCCAAAAGAAUGCGCAGGUGGCAGCAAGGGCCAGGGAGCCAGGCUGCUGGAGGAGAAACCUGAGCAGACACAGAAACAUGUUCGUUCUCCAGAGACAGGUUCCAGCAGGGGUGACCAUCACAGGGAGAAAGGCCAAGGCAGUUCCUCGGGGGCGGGGAGAGAGCCAGUGCAGAGAAGCAACCACAGCGUCAGGCAGGUUUCAGUGUCAAGGCCACAGAGUUCCAAAGGCGCAGAGAAGCGGUACCUGUGUCAGCAGUGUGGGAAAUCCUUCAGCCGGAGCUCCAACCUCAUCAAACACCGCAUCAUCCACAGCGGCGAGAAGCCCUACGAGUGCUCAGAGUGUGGGAAACUGUUUCGGCGCAGCUUCGCCCUCCUGGAGCACCAGCGCAUCCACAGCGGCGAGAAGCCCUUCGAAUGCAAUGAGUGCGGGAAGACCUUUACGCGCAGCUCCAACCUCAUCAAGCACCAAAUUAUCCACAGCGGCGAGAAGCCCUUCAAGUGCUCAGAGUGUGGGAAACUCUUCCGGCGCAGCUUCGCCCUCCUGGAGCAUGAGCGCAUCCACAGCGGCGAGCGGCCCUAUGAGUGCAAUGAGUGCGGGAAGUCCUUCAGCAGGAGCUCUAACCUCAUCGAGCACCAGCGAACCCACAGUGGCGAGAAGCCCUACAAGUGCAGCAAGUGUCCAAAAGCUUUCAAGGGCAUCUCCCAGCUCAUUCAUCACCAGCGCAUCCACAGCAGGGAGAAGUCAUUCCAGUGCAAGGAGUGUGGAAAGGCCUUCCGGGGGCGCUCGGGCCUCAGUCAGCAUCGUCGGGUACACAGUGGUGAGAAGCCCUACGAAUGCAGCGACUGUGGGAAGACCUUCGGCAGACGAUCCAACCUCUUCAAGCACCAGGCGGUUCACAGGGAAGAGAGGCCCCACAAGUGUCAAGACUGCAAGAAGGUGUUCCGGAGCAGCUUAGACCUCCUGGAGCACCGACAGGCGCACGAAUGCCGGAAGGCCUGCAGCAAGAGCGAGGAGAAGCCUUGCACAUGUGGCGAGUGUGGCAAAUGUGACAAGGCCUUGAAGGGAAAGUUGCAGAAAACUCGCCACGGAAAGAAGACUUCAGAGGACAGCGACAAUGAAAAAGAGCCAGUCUCCUUGGCCCUCAAAAGUGCCCCUGCAGAGCCCCACCCUGAAGAUGAGAAACAGGGGACAGACUCUGAAUGCAAGGCUACCCACAGUGCCAUGUGACAGGGUUGUCUCAGGAGGGCUGAGCGUCCUGCUCCCCUCCAUCCUGUCAUUGAUGAUGCAGCCUGAGCCCUGGGCUGAUGACAGGGUGCCAUGAGUGUGCACAGGAGUGCGUGUGUGUGGAGCGGAUGUGAGCUGCUGAAAGGGCCCUUGCACACCCAUCGGGACUUCAUGCUGCAGGAGGACACCUGUGGAUGGGGCCACCCCCAGGGCGCAGGCACCUUGAAUUCAUUCAGUAGAGUAGUCUAUUUUCUCUCAUCGAGUCAUUCACUGCACCCCAAGACUUGUUAGUGUUUCCAGGUAGAAGACACGAAAAGCACUUUAAUCCUUGAAGAGCUUAUAGAUGGAAGGCCCUUGAGGACAUUAAAACUCGUGAGCUCUGUAAGUAGGCUGUGGCUCGACUGUGACAUCCCCCCAAAUUCAUCAAGAAAUGGUCUGCAAAUGGACUCAGACAAAUACUCUCACACACUGCUCACGCCUGCAUUGUUAGCCUGGGCUCCGUGGGAAGGCACAGGACACCCUGCUACGGUGCUGACCCGUUCUUUUUCCAGGCCAUUUGUCUUUGUGCCUGAAGACUGCAGCCUUCCACAGCUGUCCCCAGCUGCUGCUUCUCAGAGGAGCAGCACCAGGCCCCAUCUUCUCAGAGCUUGGGAGGUGGGGGGGGCUCUUGGGGGUGAAGGGCCAGGGCCCCGUGGAGAGGAUGAGGCCCAAGGACUCUCAGCUUCUCCUCCCCCAGAGAGUAGCCUUUUUGCACUGGUCCCUCGAAGAAGCAGGCUCCAGGCAAGACAUGGCAAGCAUGGCAACAUUUGCCACCGGCUGCCUGGCUACCUUUGGUCUCCUCCCUGCCCACCAGACCCCCAAGUUUGCCCUAUCUGCUGCUUUUCUGCCCCCCACCCCCCGCCCAGAGCCUGCCAGCAAAGGCCACCCUGGCUUCUCUGUUCCUCCUUCCCACCCUCAGUGCCUAAAGCUGCCCCCACUCCCCGUACCCAAGCCGCACCCCUUGUGGUUUGUAUGCAUCAGGAGGAAAGCCAGACGGGUUAGGAAUUUGCACAGAGGGUACCCAGCCGUGGUUCUCUCAUUAGAUCUGUCUUUAUAGGACAUUUCUGAAAAUAUUGGAGGCUCGGUUGCUUUGAAUGUUUUUGCGUUCAGGACAAUGUAAGUUGAAGGUUGAGAUUUCUGCCAUAUGAGAGUGUCAGGGAAUCACUCCUGAAAUAAGAAUCCCACCCCACCCCCAGCCCUCUGAGAAGUACUCAGACAGGAGAAAGGGUCUCACCCUCCCCCCCCCGCCCCGCCCCCUGAGGCCUGGCACAUGGUCAGUGUGGUGGCAAGCCUGGCUACUCUUCUCCCUCCUUCCCAACAGCCCUGUGGAAACAGGGCAGACCCUGCAAAUGGCACUUUACUGCAGGCCAGGUGAGGUUCUCAAGGAGAAAGCUCACACUGGCCAGGGAGGCAGCUGCUGGCAGGCUCUGUCCUGUGCCACCUAUGCUGUCCCCAGAGCUGGGCCCAGGAAUUAUGCCCCUUGGUGCUCUCCGCCCAGUUUCCUGGUUCGCUUGCCACCUCCUUCCAGCCCCCUUCACUCUCAGGGGCUCUGGUCUGUCACACAGAGCGCUGAGGGCAGGCAGGUGGUGGAUAUGCUGGAGUCCCUCUCCGGGCCUCCAAGGAGCAUGCGCGUUCCCUGCAAGACGGGGGAGGGUCAAAGACCCAUCAGGAGAGUGUGGGAAGACCUGGAAGUCCAGGAUUCCUUCUGAACAUGCUGUUUGGAGCUGCAAUCGCUAGGACGACUCCAAAAGUGAGAAAUAUAGGAAUAGGUGUAGAUGUAGAUGUAGGUGUAGAUGUAGGUGUAGGUGUAGAUGUUUUAUAGAGAUUUAUUUAAAGGAUUUUACACAUCUUUGACUUCUGGAAAGUGCUUGUAACUUGCUCUUAUCUCAUAGCCUCCUUAGCUGCAUCCAUAUCCCCUUGUCCUUUGAUUGGCCUCUGCUCUGCGUGUCACAUUCGUCUUUGUGCCCUAGCACUGGGCUUGGCACUUAGUAAAUGUUAGAUCGCUGAAGGAGGAACGCACAACGCGAAUUGAUUUGAUCAUCCGCACACCAGGUGGCUGAGCCUGGAUGGCUCCAGCCCCCGUGACAGGAGUCAGCGGCUUAUAAAGGACUUUUGGCGGGCUUUUUCCUGGGUGGAGACUUCUUUACACAUACCCGGAGGGGAGAGAAUGGGAUGUGGUCACUGCAAGUGAAAUGUGGUCUCAGCAAAGGGACUGUCCUUAGUGAAAUGACCUGGAAAGCCAGUUCCCGGGGGAGGGGUAUCAUUUCAAUUUCUCGAUCAAACCUAACAGUAAGUGCUUGUGGAAUGAAUAUCGCCCCCUCAGCACAUUGAACUCAGGUUCUAGACCACAGUCAGCCCUAGCAUUGCCUAGAGGCAGUUGAAAGUUUCUGCAACAUUUGGGUUUUCCAGUAGAAAAAGAAGGAUUAGGAACAGUGUCUGGAGUCCAUGGAGAGGUCAUUGGGAAAUGUGUUUUUUUCUGAGGUGCAGACAAUCUUUGCUAGGAUUUAAGAACCCAGUCCCCACGCAGUGCCGGGGACAGUGGCCAGAGCCCUGUGCUUGGGCUCCAGUCUCCUUCAACCAUGGCCUGACUGGGAUUGGGGCAACAGCUCUCACGUGGUGGGAAUCAGGAAGAAUGCUUUUGUAAGUGAACAGUUUUGCUCUUACAGGCCAGUCAGUAACCAGCUUUUAAUAAAGAAGAGCUGCACCCUAGCCGGUUUGGCUCUGUGGAUAGAGCAUCGGCCCACGGAUGGAAGGGUCACGGGUUCAAUUCUGGUGGGUGUGGGAGGCAAUGGGUCAA